AUGGGAGACAGGAGGUCCACUCAGUCCCCAAGUCCUGUAGCUCUUCGCAUCCGUCCGAUGAGCGCGGCUGAGCUGGCAGCCAGUGCCAGGCGCAUCGCCCACUGCGUGGACCAGCAGGUCGUGGUGCUGCAAAACCCCACAGAAGGCUCCAAUGAUGCCCUGCGUGCCAGCCGCACCCGCCAGAAAUCCUACCUCUUCGAUGUGGUCUUUGACUCCACGGCCACCCAGGAGACUGUGUACCAUGGCACCACCCAGGGCCUCGUAGCAGUUGUCACCUCCGGCUGCAAUGCCACCAUCUUCACCUACGGCUCCACUGGCUGCGGGAAGACCUACACCAUGCUGGGCACUGAUGGUGAGCUGGGCAUCUGUGCCCGCACCCUGGCCGAGCUCUUCCAGACCAUCGAGGACAGCAGCAGUGAUGUGGAGUACGAAGUCUCCUUGUCCUACCUUGAGAUCUACAACGAGAUGAUCCGGGACCUGCUGAGCCCCUCGCUGGGCUGCCUCCAGCUGCGGGAGGAUGCCAGUGGCCACGUCCAGGUGGCCGGCCUCACCAAGGUCCCUGCCACCAACACCGAUGAGGUCAUGCAGCUGCUGGCACGAGGAAACAGGCACCGGAUGCAGGAGCCCACAGCUGCCAACUGCACCUCGUCACGGUCCCAUGCCAUGCUGCAGGUCAUCGUGUGCCAGCGCCACCGCGGCAGGGAGCUGCGCCACGGCCACCUCUGCAUGAUCGACCUGGCAGGCUCUGAGCGGGCAGCACAGACUCAGAACCGUGGGCAGAGGAUGAAGGAAGGAGCCCACAUCAACCGCUCACUGCUGGCUCUGGGCAACUGCAUCAAGGCUCUGAGCCAGCAGGCCAGCAGCAAGUACGUCAACUACCGCGACAGCAAGCUGACUCGCCUGCUCAAGGACUCUCUUAGGGGCAACAGCCACACAGUGAUGAUUGCCCACAUCAGCCCGGCCAGCACUGCCUUCGAGGAGUCCCGCAGCACCCUCGCCUAUGCCCAGCGUGCCAAGAACAUCUGCACCACGGUAGAGCAGGGAGCACUGCCACCCUUCUGCCCUACACCCUGA